UCCGCAUUAUCGAAAGUUUCGCCUGCGGUCGCACUGAAAUUCCGUCACAAACAUUGCCAAGAAUCGACGUGAUUGCGGACAAAAUUUUGUUUUUGCACUUGCUUGAAAAUUUCGCCUCCAUCGACGAGCGCAGCGAUUGGGCCUGAUAUAUACCGCAUAUAGCCGUCUACGCCGCAAUUGUGCAACGGAUAACGAGAAUACGCGAAGAGCAGGCGUGCGAACGGGGAAAGCGCAGGGAAAAUGGGAAAAACUCCCACUUCGCCAGCGAACGAAAGGAAAGGGGAAAUUGUGUGAUGUCAUUUCGGCUGUUUCUUUUCGAGUUAAUUGAAACAACUUCCUGCGCUGCGUUUUCAGUUUCUGCUGCCAACUGUUUUAUACGCGCCUAUGUGUGCGUGCGGCAGUGCGCUGGUGUGUGUGUGUGUGACUUACAUACGUAUAUAAAUAUAGUGCAGAAUUAUUUGCCGUUAAAAGCCCACGGUUAAUUGGUCAUUAAGCGCUGUUUAAUUUACUAAUUUAGCGCGGUGAGAGAAGAGAGGAGAAAACCCGCAGCAAUAUCAUUCCGCACACACACACACGUUCGCAUUCACACGGAAAAGAGAAAAGGUGAAACGCACGCACACACACGCAAAAAGCACACCGCGAGUGGAGUUGUGUGAGUGUGGGGUUUCGAUAAAAAUAAUAAAUAAGAAAAAGCACUGAAGUACAACACAACAGUGCGGCAUAAACAAAUCGACUUCUAUCGAUUUCCCUCCAAAACAUAAAAUUGUAUCGAAAAGAUUCCGCCCAGGAUAGAAGCAACAACAGCAACAACGAGGAGAUUCACCUGCCACGCCCACGGGCAGCUGUACCGUCCACCUACACCUACAACACCACCACCCCCACCCCCUUCCCCGACCACUAAGGACACCAUCCAUCCAUCAUCAUGUCCAGCGGCAGCAACACGGACAACGGCCCAUCGGCGGGCCAAUCUGUGCAGGAUCUGCAAAUGGAGGUGGAGCGCCUCACGCGUGAACUGGACCAGGUGUCCUCCGCCAGCGCCCAGUCCGCCCAAUACGGACUGUCCCUGCUGGAGGAGAAGUCCGCCCUGCAGCAGAAGUGCGAGGAACUGGAGACGCUCUACGACAACACGCGCCACGAGCUGGACAUCACACAGGAGGCGCUGACCAAGUUUCAAACCUCACAGAAAGUGACCAACAAGACGGGCAUCGAGCAGGAGGACGCUCUGCUGAACGAAUCCGCAGCUAGGGAGACAUCGCUCAACCUCCAAAUCUUCGAUCUGGAGAACGAGCUUAAGCAACUGCGCCAUGAGUUGGAAAGGGUUCGCAACGAGCGCGAUAGGAUGCUGCAGGAGAACUCGGAUUUUGGGCGGGACAAGAGCGACAGCGAGGCGGAUCGCCUGCGCCUCAAGUCCGAGCUGAAGGACCUUAAGUUCCGGGAGACGCGUAUGCUCAGCGAAUACUCGGAGCUGGAGGAGGAGAACAUAUCGCUGCAAAAGCAGGUAUCCAGCCUGCGCAGCUCACAGGUGGAGUUUGAAGGUGCCAAACACGAGAUCCGUCGUCUCACUGAGGAAGUUGAGCUGUUGAAUCAACAGGUCGACGAGCUCGCAAAUCUUAAGAAGAUUGCCGAGAAGCAAAUGGAGGAAGCGCUAGAGGCCUUACAGGGUGAACGUGAGGCGAAAUAUGCAUUGAAGAAGGAGCUGGAUGGCCACUUGAACCGUGAGUCUAUGUACCACAUCAGCAACCUCGCCUACAGCAUACGCAGCAACAUGGAAGACAACGCCAGCAACAACUCGGACGGUGAGGAGGAAAAUCUGGCUCUAAAGCGUUUGGAGGCUGACCUGAGCACCGAACUUAAAUCUCCUGACGGCACCAAAUGUGAUCUCUUCUCGGAGAUUCAUCUGAACGAACUAAAGAAACUGGAGAAGCAGUUGGAAAGCAUGGAAAGCGAGAAGACUCAUCUGACGGCGAAUUUAAGGGAAGCUCAGACGAGUCUGGACAAGUCACAAAACGAGCUGCAGAACUUUAUGUCUCGUCUGGCUCUUCUUGCGGCCCAUGUCGAUGCUCUAGUCCAGCUAAAGAAGCAGAUCGAUGUGAAAGAGCAGGGCAAGGACGGUGACCAGAAGAAGGAUGAACUGGAGCAGCAGCUGCGGGCGUUAAUCUCGCAGUACGCCAACUGGUUUACGCUCUCCGCCAAGGAGAUCGAUGGCCUUAAGACUGACAUUGCUGAACUUCAGAAGGGACUCAACUACACGGACGCCACCACUACGCUGCGCAACGAGGUGACCAACCUUAAGAACAAGCUUCUUGCUACGGAGCAAAAGUCACUGGACCUGCAGAGCGAUGUUCAAACUCUGACGCACAUCUCGCAAAACGCAGGCCAAAGUCUGGGCUCAGCUCGCAGUACUUUGGUGGCCUUAAGCGACGAUCUGGCGCAGCUGUAUCACCUAGUUUGCACAGUCAACGGAGAGACACCAACGCGUGUUCUGCUCGAUCAUAAGACCGAUGACAUGAGCUUUGAAAACGAUUCUUUGACUGCCAUCCAGUCGCAAUUCAAAUCGGAUGUCUUUAUUGCCAAGCCCCAGAUCGUCGAGGAUCUGCAAGGCCUGGCGGAUUCCGUGGAAAUUAAGAAGUACGUGGAUACAGUCAGUGAUCAGAUCAAGUAUCUGAAGACGGCUGUUGAGCAUACCAUUGAUUUGAAUAAACACAAAAUUCGCUCCGAGGGUGGCGAUGCUCUGGAGAAGGUUAACACAGAGGAGAUGGAGGAACUGCAGGAGCAGAUAGUCAAGUUGAAGAGCCUGCUGUCCGUGAAGCGCGAACAGAUUGGAACUCUGCGCAACGUGCUCAAGUCCAACAAGCAAACCGCUGAGGUGGCACUGACCAAUCUGAAGUCCAAGUACGAGAACGAGAAGAUCAUAGUCAGCGACACCAUGUCAAAGCUGCGUAAUGAGCUCAGGCUUCUUAAGGAGGAUGCAGCCACAUUCUCAAGCCUGCGUGCCAUGUUCGCCGCUCGAUGCGAGGAGUAUGUGACCCAGGUGGACGAUCUCAACCGCCAAUUGGAGGCAGCAGAGGAGGAGAAAAAGACUCUAAAUCAGCUGUUGCGCCUGGCUGUCCAGCAGAAGCUGGCACUCACUCAGCGACUCGAGGAGAUGGAAAUGGACCGCGAAAUGCGUCACGUCCGUCGGCCGAUGCCUGCCCAGCGUGGCACGAGCGGCAAAUCCUCCUUCAGCACGAGGCCUUCGAGCAGGAAUCCAGCAAGCAGUAACGCCAAUCCAUUCUAACAUAAGAUCAGCGUGCAGCGUAAACUUCUAGCUUUGGUUUAUACUUUGCUUAAGUUGUAAAGUCGUUGGAGUUCCUGCGGAAAUGAGAGAUUCCCAAAAUCACAUGAUAUACUGCGAACGUAUUCGAGAACGAAGCUAUAUCCCAGCUCUAUCCAACUACUAUAACUAUGUUUGUUUGUAUUGUACUUGUAUUUAUUGAAAGUUUAGUUAGAUGAAAGUUUUGUGUUAGGCCAGGGAGCAACAAACGGUUAUUAACGGUUAGUUACUUAAACGUCCAUUUAAUUUAAUUAAAAACAAAAAAAGGAAAACUUUAAGGAAGAUUAAACAAUAACGUAACGCAUUGUAUUUUUCUAUACACCAAUGGCGUACUUGUCCUAAAGACGUCUGAUUGGUUUGAUCUGAAUUUUGUUAACUGUCGCGAUGAUUUUUUGAUUUUUGUUAACAACGCUGUGCGCAAGCGAAUAAAUUGACAAACUAAUAAGAUACACAAAUUGAUGUUGAACAGAAGGUAUUGAUAUUGGCAACUGAAACAUGCAUUAAUUGGCCAAACCGAUAACUAAAAGUAUUUUUCCAUGGUCCAGUUUUAAGCUAAUUGGCCAACAGAGAUGUACGUAAUGUAUAUUACCCGCAUGGCUUGCAGCCAUUGAACCUAAAGUAGCACCAGGCUACGUCUCAAAGACGAUUCAGAAAGAUGAUGAAGAUUUUUGUAUUUAUUGAGCGGCAUUUGGUCGCCAUGAAAUGAAGAAAUUGUAGGUAAUUAAUUAUAAUUUGCAAUUGAGAAAUUUGUGGCUUAUGUAGCAUUAAUUGCAUAACUUAUGAUUUGUGCAUUAUUAUUUAAUACAAUUAAUAAAUUGCAACACAACAAAACUAAGCAAGAAAAUACUUUAGUUUCUUUUUAUUUUUAUAAUUUAAGUGCGGAUUCCCGUUCAUUUUUUACACUUACAUUUAACAUUACAUUACAUUUAACCCGCAGAAAAACCAUUAUUUUUGCUUAAUUCAAACAGAUAUGUUUAAACCAGAAAUAAAUAACUAUGGUGAUUACCAGCAGCUUAACCAACAUAAGAAUAGCAAGAAUAGCGUUAAAGUUUAAAGGAUAUUAUUAUAGUAGCUAAUUGAACAUAAAAGGUAGAGAUAUCAGCCAGAGCACUUUCUGUAGUAGUUUUGAAAUUAAUCCACCCAAAAAACCUGGUUGCUUCUUUUUGGGUUCUUGAUGUUUUCGUUGUCAAUCGGAUAAGAUCGAUAUUAUUCUACAUGAAAUUUAUAUAUACAAGAGCGUAUAUUGUGUAAAUUACCGAGCCAUUAAAUUGAAUUUAUAUUUAAAUAAACACUGAGACACACAUACUGAUACACACAACGUCCAUUCAUGCAUUCACAUAUUAACUCUUUGGAGUUGCCUAUACAAAUUAUGCAACGUGCCAGGACAGCGAGGAGAUGCCCUCUAAUUAAUUGUAAAUAUAUUUAUAUACACAUUGAAGUCAGUAGAUAUUUCGAAUGAGAAGCAAGUGAACAAAACAAGUUGCAUACAUAUUUCAAAUGAUUUUAUUGUAAUUUUUACCGUCCCUUUUUGCGAACAAAUAAAAAAAUACAAAGUCUAUUUACGCAACUCACUGAACCAAUAACGAAUGAAUGAAACAACUCACUUUAAGUUUCGUGUCCAAGCAAAAGUCCGAGAUCACAUUCAACUCAUACAUCGAUCCAACAAGCCAAAGUAUUGAUAGCCAAUAUGCGUACUACAUAAAUCAUAAAAUUAACUCGAGACUAGAGUACUUCAAUUAGAGAUUAUGGAUAGCCAGAAACGAAGUGAAGUGAAAGCAAAGCAAAUAGUUUUCUAUUUCCCGAACGAUGGAUUACGAAAGAAUGUAAUAGUGAAGCAAUUGAAUUUAAGAUUUGAGGGAUAUUUAAUGUAAGUUUUAUGAUAAAAUGCCGGCAAACUGCAAUAACUUUGCAUGUGGUAACAGUGGACAUAUGAAAAAUGCAACCGAGUGUGCAAGGGAUAGCCCAGAAAUAAAUAUUAAUUAUACAAAAUACUCAUUGCAAAAUAUGUGAAAAUAAACAAACUAGCAAAUAUGA